AUGUUCAUUAACAGUUACCUGCCUACAGCCUACAGAGCUACAGCGACACCUGAAGCAGCGACAAUAGCAGACGAUCCAACAGCCACGCCAUCGAGAAGGACUUUGAGUGAAAAUCCAGAGCGAACAGCGCUAAGUUGGCUGGUAUACAGCGAGUCAACGAGGAAGGAAGGGAGACAGCGAGGUAGCUUUUCGUACAGAGGAUUCCACGCGUCGGACUUAGACAUACCCACUAAUAACGAGCUGUUAGCUAUGGAGAUGCAGGUCGAAAUGGAAAACCUGAGAAACAACUUCACCGUGGAGCUCAUCGAAAUUAGGGAGCAGAUUUCAGUGAUGCAGAAGAGGUUCAAUUUCAGUAUGUGGAUUUUGAUUCUUGGAGUGGGUGCUGCUUUGAGUUGGGUUUAUCGAUCCUCGAAGUAG